AUGCAUCGUUCUUUCAGUUCCCUACAACUUCUCCGGCAUAUCUCCGGCCACGGGGGGCCGCGCUGCGCUGCGAUCCCGAUCCAGUUUUCCUGGAAACAGUGCAGAAUGGCCAGCUCGGAAUCCUAUCGAAUUGAAUCUGACACAUUUGGUGAGCUGAAAGUCCCAAAUGACAAAUAUUAUGGAGCCCAAACUGUUCGAUCAACAAUGAAUUUCAAAAUUGGAGGUGUGACUGAACGCAUGCCGAUACCUGUCAUAAGAGCGUUUGGAAUCUUGAAAAAGGCCGCAGCUGAAGUAAAUAAGGAUUAUGGUCUUGAUCCUAAAAUCGCUGAUUACAUUGCCAAAGCUUCUGAUGAGGUUUCUAGUGGUAAAUUAGAUGAUCAUUUUCCAUUAGCUGUGUGGCAGACUGGCUCUGGAACACAGACCAAUAUGAAUGUAAAUGAAGUUAUCAGUAAUCGUGCUAUUGAGAUGAUGGGUGGAAAGCUGGGAAGCAAAGAUCCAGUACACCCCAACGAUCAUGUUAACAAAAGCCAGAGUUCAAAUGACACCUUUCCUACAGCAAUGCAUAUUGCUGCUGCAAAAGAAGUCCAUGAUAUCCUUUUACCUGGAUUGAAAAAGCUCCAGAAUGCUUUGGAUGCAAAAUCAAAGGAAUUUGCGAAAAUUAUUAAAAUUGGCCGUACACAUACACAAGAUGCAGUGCCACUUACUCUGGGACAGGAGUUUAGUGCCUACGUACAGCAGAUUAAGUAUGGCAUUACUAGAAUUGAAAGUGCAUUACCAAGGGUUUACGAAUUAGCUGCUGGAGGCACAGCAGUUGGAACUGGGUUAAACACUAGAAUUGGAUUUGCAGAGAAAGUUGCUGCCAAAGUCUCGGAGCUUACAGGAUUACCAUUUAUCACUGCUCCUAACAAGUUUGAAGCUCUUGCUGCACAUGACGCAUUAGUUGAAUUGAGUGGAGCCCUAAACACUGUUGCCUGUAGCCUAAUGAAAAUAGCCAACGAUAUUCGUUUUCUUGGGUCUGGACCAAGAUCAGGUCUGGGAGAGUUAAUCUUGCCAGAAAAUGAACCUGGAAGCAGCAUUAUGCCAGGCAAAGUGAAUCCCACUCAGUGUGAAGCUGUUACAAUGGUAGCAGCCCAGGUGAUGGGCAAUCAUGUUUCUAUAUCAAUAGGGGCCAGUAAUGGACAUUUUGAACUGAAUGUAUUCAAGCCUCUGAUUAUAAAAAAAUAUUCUAAAUUCAAUCAGGCUUAUAGGGGAUGCAUCUGUCUCAUUCACUGAUAAUUGUGUUGUUGGGAUUCAAGCAAAUACUGAGAGAAUCAACAAACUGAUGAGUGAAUCUUUGAUGCUUGUCACUGCUCUCAAUCCCCAUAUAGGAUAUGAUAAAGCUGCUAAAAUUGCAAAAACCGCACACAAGAAUGGUGGCACAUUAAAGGAAACUGCAAUACAGCUUGGAAUCCUGACUGCAGAGCAGUUUGAUCAGUGGGUCAAGCCUGAAGACAUGCUUGGUCCAAAAUAA